AUGGGUGCCAGCACUACCAGCACAAGUACAUUGUCUCCAGAAGCGGCGAAGAAACUUCAAGAUGAAGAUUCAGAGUUCCAAGGGACUCUCAAUAUCCCGUUCUCAAUCUUCACAUCGACAUCCAAAUAUCUCAUUACGAUCAUGGCCUCGGUCGCCAGUUUGAUCUCGCCAAUGUCCUCCAAUAUAUACCUCACGGCUCUAAAUCCCAUCGCGGAGGAUCUGCACGUUAGCGACUCGAAGGUCAAUUUAACGAUCACUACUUUUAUGAUCUUCCAGGGCAUCUCACCCGUCUUCAUUGCCACUUGCUCUGAUGCCGUGGGCCGAAGACCGGCAUUUUUGGUUUGCUUUGCGCUUUACAUUGCGGCUAACAUUGGACUGGCACUACAAUCAAACUACGGCAGCUUAAUUGGUCUACGCUGUCUCCAGAGCGCAGGGUCCUCGCCUACCAUUGCAUUGGCCAGUGCAGUGGCUGUCGAUAUAGCGGCUUCCAAGCAGAGGGGCUCCUUUUUAGGCGUGAUGCUGGCCCUGCAGAUCAUUGGACCUACUGUUGCCCCUGUUGCCGGGGGCUUAUUGACCAGCCAUCUAGGCUGGCACGCUAUAUUUUGGUUCCUUAGUAUAGCAGCGGUUGUACUACUCAUUCCAAUGGUGCUUUUCUUUCCUGAGACUUCACGCAACGUUGUUCAUGACGGAUCUACGCCUCCGCCAUGGUGGAAUAGAAGUAUUAAGCAGAUGCUCUGUCGGAACCGGCACUGGAAAUCGCCAGAGCUGUCCGUAAAUAAAGAAACCCAGCUCAAAAACCCUCUACCCAUCUUACGAGUCAUUCUCACCGAUCCGGAAUCGCUAAUGAUUCUACUCAUCAUCGGCCAAAGCUACAGUGGCAUUUACUCUCUCAUGACAACCAUCCCAAGUCUCAUGUAUAGCACCUACGGCUAUAACAGUGAGCAGAUAGGAUAUCUCUUCCUAGCCUGGAGCGCAGGAACAGUGAUAUCGACAUUCACAACAGGCACAUAUUUAGACUGGGUAUAUCGGCGCGAGGCGCGAAGAAUGAACCUCGACCCAGAAACAGACAUGAAAGACUUCCCCGACUUCCCGAUCGAGAAAGCCCGUCUCCAAUUCGCCAUUCCCGUCCUAGCAAUCACCGGUGCAACAAUUAUCACCUACGGCUGGCUCCUCGAAUACAACUACCCAGUCGCAUUCGUCUACUGCUUUGAACUCAUCUUCGGCUUCUGGUCUUCCUCCGUCUGCCAGGUGGGUACGACAUUACUCAUGGACCUCCACCCAGGCUUCCCCGCCGCAGCGGGUGCAACAGUGAAUCUCGUUCGGUGUCUGCUGGGCGCGGGUGUGACGGCGUGCGCACUCCCGCUCCUCCACAAGAUCGGGAAAGGCUGGUUCCACACGUUCGCUGGCGCAGUGUGGGUUUGGUGUGGGAUCCCGAUGGUGUGGUGGGUCAUUCGCAAUGGGGUUCAAUUGAGAAAGAGACGGGACUCGAAAUCGGCUUGA